GAAUAUUCAGUUUCUGCUUACAGUUUCGAUAGAUUCAUUGCUGUGAUCGGAAGAGAAGUUUCAUUGUUUCAUUUUAUUCCAAAGACAUACCACUGAAAAAUAUGAUACUUAGAUUGCUGACAGUGAGUUUUUUGUGUUUGGCGAGCAUAGUCAAUUCCCAGUGCCCGAAAUGUGCAUUCAAUCGUGACAAUGGUGUUUUACCAACGAUUGAUUUGAUUCGUGAAUUUCAUUUGAGUGAAUCGGUGGAAAAGUAUGAGACGACGGUUGGUUCAAUUUCGUCACAACAAGCAUAUCGAUUGCACGAAGAAUCAAAUUUAACCGUUAACGCAUUUCAAGCAUUUCCAAUUGGAAUUCCAUAUCAUUUUUGGUUUGAAUCGACAUUCCGUGCACUUGUACAACCGCUGCAACCUUUCUAUCUGUUUCAUGUGACCGAUUCACAAGGCGUUACACAAAUUAGCAUUACAUUAGACACGGUUCAGCAUUCAAUCGGAAUUGGUUUACCAGCUGUUGGCGGUAAUGUACAGCGUGUAUUUUUCCAGCAUUCAAAUUUGUUCGAUACAAAUUGGCAUAAGUUGUUGGUAAGCGUUUUAAAGGACAAAGUUAGACUGUGGAUUGAUUGUCAAGAAGUAUUUGGAGUUCGUGGUGCAUACGAAGAGCCAUUGUUGCCACGUCCAAAAUUUGAUGUUACCAAUGGUUAUUCUCACAUUGCACGCUAUGUCGACGAAACAAAUCAAUAUGUGAAUACAGCACAGAUUGAUUUGCAAUGGAUGGUGCUCGGCUGCGAAUCAACACGUCCAGUUGUACCAAGCUGUGAGGAAUUGCCACAAUAUCAAGAGUCAAUAAAACCAGAUUCACCGCUUGUAUUGCCAAAUUAUCCACAACCAACGAUUGCGCCAAUUAUUCAGCAAGAGUGUCCGAUUCAAUGUCCAGCCGGACCACCAGGACGCGAUGGAUUUGAUGGCCGUAGCAUUGUCGGUGAAAAAGGUGAACGUGGUGAAAGAGGAUUUCCGGGAGAGUCGAUUAUCGGUCAAAAGGGUGAACCCGGAUCACCUGGUUUAAUAGUAACUCGUACAGAGGGUGGAGAGCAUCAGUUCGGUGAACUUCAAAUUCGAGAAAUCUGUGGAAAUGUGUUAAAAGAACAACUUGAUGCAUUGAAACCGCAAUUAAUUGGACCAAUUGGACCACCAGGACCGCCAGGACGACCAGGCAAUGGUAGAGCACGACCAGGGCCAAAAGGCGAUCGUGGAGACGACGGUUAUCCUGGUUUGCAGGGUGAAAAAGGCGAUAGAGGUGCCAGAGGUCAAGAUGGUAGACAUGGUUCACCUGGAAUUCAAGGUCUACCUGGAAUAGAAGGUAUAGCAGGACCGCCCGGACGACCAGGCGACCGCGGUCAAGACGGUAGAAAUGGAACGCCCGGCUCACCAGGUGCCCCAGGUCAAUGCCCGAACGAUUGCUAUUACACUCAAAUGUACAUGCAACAAUUACAAGCAGCUCAAGCUCAACAGCAACAAAGCAAGGGCCCAUCUCCACUCAGUUUAAACAUUAAAGGAUAAUUAAAUGAUGGAUGAAACAACGAUUCAAACCUAAACAGAAACAAAUAAAAGCCAUUUGAACGAUUUUUCCAAUGUUGUAUACAAUGAAUUAAAUAAUUCGAAAUAAAAUGAAGUCAAUUAUCAGUAUUA